AUGGCAGCUAAUGGCAAGAAGGCUCAAAAGAAAGCAACUGAUAUGAAAUCUGAUGCAGCUGAAAAGAAGUCUGACGUUUCUGAAAAGAAGCCUGACGCAGCUGAAAAGAAGGUGGCAGCUUCGUCCUCGAGCUCUGAUUCCGAAGAUACUCACGAGGAUAAAAAGGGUGAUGCCUUCGAUUAUGGCUCUAGCAAACAAUCCCGUGGUGAAAAGAAGGCUCGCAAGGCUAUGGCAAAGUUGAAUUUGAAGCUUGUGCCUGGUAUUUGUCGUGUUACUAUUCGCAAAGCCAAGGCAAUCAUGUUUGUCAUCAGCAACGCCGAAGUCUAUAAGGCCCCAAAUAUUGAUACCUACAUUAUCUUUGGUGAAGCAAAAAUCGAGGAUAUGUCAACACAAGCACAGGCUGCUGCCGUUGAAAAGCUAAGAUCUCAGACUCUUGCUAACGCUGCUAAGGAAAAUAAGCCAGCCAAGGAAGGUGACUCAGUUGCUAAGACAGCCAUCGCUGAACUUGAAGAUGACGAAGAAAUCAUUGGUGACCCAUCUGGGAUUGAGGAUAAAGACGUUGAGCUUAUUAUGACUCAAGCAAAUGUUUCCCGAGCCAAAGCAAUAAAUGCUUUGCUAAAGAAUGACAAAGAUAUUGUCAACGCGAUUAUGGUAAGAUGUAUAAUUCAAUGUAAUCAUUUCUCUCUAGUCUCUCUCAAGCUAAUGUGCAUUCGCUUCGGAUGGAUUUCAAGAAGUAUAAUAAAAGUCGUUUGUAUACUUGAAAUAAUUUCUUUCUUCCUUGGGCUAAAUUGGUUUCGAAAUCGUUACCUUGGAGGUUGCUUGUUGAAUUGA